UUACAAUGACAAUUUUAGCAGUAACACUAGUGACAAUAAUAAUAGUAACAUUACGAUGCCACAAUUUACUCCACAUUUCACUUCAAGUCCGCGCGCUGCCCAUAGUCAAUUACCGAGUUCAACACACAGCCCUGCUUUUAGUGUUCGACCUACAACACGAUCCUCUUCAAUGCCUAUAUUGUCAAACACUUCCCAAUUUUUGUCAUCAACCCAGGAACAAUCAAAAGUCACUAGAUUGCCACCUAUUAGUGUUUUAACAGAGAAUCUUGAAAUCGAUAAUUUUCAUAAAAAAAAGGAUUUAUCAAUAACCAAGACUCCACAACUUUUAACGGUAAAUGACUGGAGUAUCAAGAGUGCAAACUUUUUUCGCUCUAAUCAGUGGCAACAUUAUUAG